AUGUCAGUCACAGACACACUUGGGCCGCUGUUUACCUUCCUCAUCGUUGUCAAUGUUAUGGGCACAGCCAUGCCGCUGGUGCGGCAUCGCUUUGUUUGGUAUACUCUGGCGUUUGUCUUGUUUGGCUUUGCCGGUCUUUUUCUGAUGUUGGCCGUUAUUUUCCUCCUUGCUGACUCAGCGGUUUCACUCUACGAUGUUAAUACCAAGGGAGAGGUGAGGGUGCAAGCGACGGUCCCAUUUGACCCAGCAUCGUUUUUUUUAGUCAACGUGACUAUGACCACGUUGAUGUCCACCGCGGUGCUAGCGAUGGUGGCUUGGCUCUGCUAUCAGUCCCGCAAGAGCUGGCACGUCUACAUUCUGCCGAUGCUGCGUGACCUGAACGCACUCGAGCAAUCUGUUUGGUCCAAUGCGCUGGACCUCCGUGACCGCGUUGUUCCAGACUCACUGUGA